AUGCACAGGCUCGCUCGUCGGCACGGCCCCGUCAUGCUUCUCCGUCUCGGCCAUGUCCCAACGCUCGUGCUCUCCUCCGCCGAGGCAGCCAGGGAGGUCAUGAAGGUCCACGACGCCGCCUUCACCGACCGCCCCGUGUACGCCACCACACACAUCUUCACCUACGACGGUGAGGACAUCUCCUUUGCGCGCCACAGCAGUAGGUACUGGAAGUCCAUCCGAAAGCUCUGCGCCGUCGAGCUGCUGAGCCCGAGGCGGGUCCGGUCGUUCUGCCGUGUCCAGGAGGAGGAGGCGGUGAUGAUGAACGAUGUGGUCAUGAGGGCGUCCGUCGACGACAGGUGCACGCAGCAGGGCGCGUACCUACGGGAGUUGGACAAGGUGCUGGACCUCAUGUCCGGGUUUAACCUCAUCGACCUGUUCCCGACGUCGUGCCUCGCCCGGGCUAUCGGUGGCCAGGCUCUCAGAGCGACGUGGGAGGUGCACCGGAGAAUCCACUCCAUCAUGGACGCCAUGAUCAGCGAUCACAGAACAGCUAUGGAGGAUGAGGAGGACAAUGAUGUCGGCCGUGAGCAGAGGGGCGACAUACUCACUACUCUGCUCUGUUUCCAGAGGGACAACGAGAUUGGCGGCGUCGCCCUCACCAAUGAAAACAUGAGCGACAUCCUCUUCGACCUUUUCGCUGUGGGAUCGGAGACGACAGCCACAACAACAAUUUGGGCAAUGUCCGAGCUGAUGAGGAGCCCACACAUAAUGGCUGCCACACAGUCUGAAGUUCGAGGAGUCCUCCACGGUAAGACUGAGGUGACUGAGGCUGACAUCGAUGGCCUGCUGCACUACCUGCAGAUGGUCAUCAAGGAGACCUUCAGGGACGAGAAUAGCUGGACUAAUGCGAGUGAGUUCAUGCCCAAGAGGUUUGACGAUGAAAAGGUUGAUUAUGGUGGUACGGACUUCAGAUUCCUCCCUGGCGGCACUGGACGGAGAAUGUGCCCUGGUAUGAUGUUUGGAGUGUCAAACAUCGAGAUGGCUCUUGUGAGCCUUCUCUAUCACUUUGACUAG